AUGAGGACCAAUAUAGGGCUUAUACUGGCAAGUUUAGUGGGCUCAGUAUAUUCAAGACUAAGUACACAUGAGGUAACAAGUCCACAAUUUGAUUUUUCAGAUUCAAAUAAUCAACAAAUUGCAUUCUUGGGAGAUUUUGAUGCUACUUCAACAUAUAAAUAUAUUGGUGAAUCAAACUUCACAAAUCAAAAUAAUUUAAGAAACCAACUGUAUUAUACCAGUGGGGAUAACGAUCAAUUCAUAACGCUGGGUGAAAUAAGUGGUGAAAUUAAUGAUAUAAUACCUUUAAGAACUGAUUCUUAUGUACUAGUGGGUGAUUUCCAAUCCAUUGGUGAACAAGACGUUUCAAGUCCAGCAAUAUUCAAUACAACUUCAGAAGAAUUCACAUCUAUAGAUAAUGAUAAUGACAUUAAUGGGACAAUAACAACUGCAUUUUAUGAUUCUGAUGAUAGUUUAAUAUAUUUUGGUGGUAAUUUUGAAUUUAAUAAUACUCAUGGUGCAGCCAUUUAUAACUUAACAACACAGCAAUUUAAUAGCACACUAUUCCAUGGAUUUGGAGAAAAUGGAACAGUUAGCUCCAUAUUGAAAUUAGGAUCAAGCAUAAUAUUUGGUGGUGAUUUUACAACUUUAGGGCUUCGAGAAUUAUUAACAAAUUCUUAUAAUACUUCAAACAUAUCAGUGACAACAGAUCAAGUGGUUAGUUUGAAAUAUGCACAAUUUUCAUCUUCAGAUGAUUCGUCAUCACCAGAAUCACUUGUUUGUCCUGAAAGUUCAAAUGAAUGGUCUAUAAAUGGAGUUUCUGCCGCAACAGUCAAUAUCAAUCUACCAUAUCAAGUCAUACCGUCCAAAAUACGGAUAUAUAAUUCAAAAGAUCAAGACUCACAAGUUUCAUUAUUUAGAUUGUUGACCUCACCAGCUAAUGGUAUUAUGAAUCUAACUUAUAUUGAUCCUGACACUGGAGAUUUGGCUUAUUGUGAUGCUUGGUGUCCACUAUUGAAUUCAUCCAGAUUAGAAUCUGUUGAUGAUAUAGAACCAAUUGGGUUUGGUGAUUCAAGUCUUAGACUCAGUUCUAGCUAUCAAGAAUUUGGUUUCAUAAACUCUUUAGAUGUUGGUGGAUUAACAUUUGAAGCUAGAGAAUCAUAUGGAUCAAAUAUUGCACUCGCAGGUUUCCAAAUUUUCCAAUCAACUUAUUCAACUUAUGCAAAUAAUACAUUAAACGAGCCAAGUUGCGAUAUUAAUGAAUAUUCUAGGGCGGUAACACAAGGUGAAUGGACAUCAUCAUCCAAUGGUGAUUAUUUGGUUUCAGAAGUUGAUGUAUCAAAUGGCAUUCCAGACGACGUUGGUGUAACAUUUUAUCCAAAUAUUACCUAUGCUGGUGAAUAUAGUAUUUUGUUAUAUACACCGGGUUGUGGUGCUGACCAAACUUGCUCAACAAGAGGUAUAACUAAUGCUACUGUUUAUGAUGAUGAAACCAAUGAAAUUUUGGAUACAAAUUUGAUUUAUCAGUCUAAUCAAGAAGAAAAAUAUGAUCUUGUUUAUUAUGGUCAUUUAAAUUCAACACCAAGAGUUGAAUUGAAAUUAGAUUCACCUGGACCUCAAGGAUCAACUGUCACAUUUGUUGCUGAUAAAAUUGAUGUUAAUGUCUAUGAAAUUGAUGAUAUAGUUAAUGCUAAUGGUACCAUACCAUUGAAUGGUAUUUUUGAAUUUUCCCCAGGAAAUUUUUCAAGUUUUGAUGCCAGUAAUAUUACAGAUCAACACUAUAUAGGAAACACCACUAUAAAUAGACUUGGUGGAUCUAUCACAAAUCAUACAAAUUUACAUCUUGCUGUGUUAAACGAAUCAUUAUACGUUGGUGGUAACUUUAGCUCAAGAUAUGGUGAUAAUUUAGUAAGACUGGAUUAUAAUGAGCAAAAUAAUGAAACUAAUGGUAUUAAUGUUACAAUUCAUGAUGUUAAUGGUGGAUUAGAUGGCCAAGUCAAUAACUUAAAAGUUGUUGAUGAUUCGCUCAUAAUACUAGGUGAUUUCAAUAAUACAAAUAAUGAUAGUUCAAUCUCAAGUCUUGAUGGUUCAGACUCAAAUUCAUUAGACCAAGUGGCAUUAUACAAUGGUAGCUGGUACUCAUUUGGAAGAUCAUUUGAAGCAAGCAGAGUAAACAAUAUUACUUUAGAGAAUACAGAAUAUUUGGCUUUUGAUGAACAUAAUUGGGUAUCUGAUAAUGAAACAUGGUAUGAUAAUAACCAAAAGCUUUCUUUCAAUGUUAGUUCAUCCGCUAAUAAUGGGAAUUCUACUGUUUUCGUUGGAUCACUAAAAAAAUCUGACGCAAUUGGAAAUAAAGGUACUUUUAUCACUCAAGAUAAUAAUCAGACAAAUAUAACAAACGAAGCUUUAGUGGAAAGUGUCUUUAACACUGGUCUGUAUGUGAAUGAAUCAUUUUCUAUAUUCGGUGGUCAAUUCAAUACAUCAGAAAAUGCAAGAAAUUUGAUCUUUAUAUCCAAUAAUGAAACUUCAAGUAUUGAUGUUUCAUGGAACUCAAAUGCUUCAGUUACAAAAUUAUUUGCUGUUGAUGAUAAAUUAUUCGUUGGUACCCAUGAUGGUGGUUCGGUGGAAGAUCAUGAUUUUGAUGGUGUCUUCUUCUAUCAUUUGAAUAACAGAUCAUUUGCGUCUCCUCAACCUGAUGGUCUAACGAAAGAAUCGGAUGUUCCACAAGUUAAUGAGCUAGGUUUCUUGAACAAUACGUAUCUGGUUGUGGGUGGUGACUUUGAUGGUGCUGGAUCUGUCUCAUGUUCAGGUUUAUGUUUCUACAACUUGAACAAUACACAAUGGGAAUCCCUCAUUGAUUCAUUUUCCGGUGAUGUUAAAGCGUUCAGAUUCAUUAAUGAAACUAUAAUUGUUGUUGCUGGUGACUUAGAGCUUGAUGAUCACCAAAGAAAACUUAUUACGUACGACUUCAAUUCCACUGAUAAUCAACAACCAGAUCAUUUUGAUGAUUUAGAUGAAAUCGUUGAAAACUUUAUUUUAGUUGAUAACUCUACAGAUGGUAGAAUUAUUGUUUCAGGACCAAAUUAUAUUAGAGCAUAUGACGGCUCACAAUGGAAUUUUAUUGAUUCUGAUUUAAACAACUCAACCAUCAAAGAUAUCUCUUUGUUGAAUGUCUCAGACUCAAAUAAUAACAACAAUGGAUCGUAUUUCGAUUCCAAUAACGUCUUGGUUGCAUCUGGUCACUUGAAUAUCACAGGCUUUGGUUAUGCCAACGUUGCCCACUUCAAUGGUACACAUUGGAUACCAUACUUGAUUGCAACUCAUCAAAAUUCCACUGCUUCUAUUGAUUCAAUCUUUUUGAAUAAAGAUAUCUCAUCGUUGUACAUUAGUGGCACAAUGACCAAUAGCUCUCAAUCAUCUACAUCAUCUUCAUCACCUUCUUCAAGUUCAGGUUCUGAUGGACAAAGACAAGGGUCGCAUCACAUGAAAAGAGGUUAUAUUGUUUUAAUUGGUUUAGCUCUUGCAGUAGGCACAAUGAGUUUAAUAGGUUUAAUUGCAGCAUUUUUCAUUUUCAAAAAGAGAGGUCAUCAAUAUACACCAUUGGAACCAAGAGUCAAUGAAACGGAGAUGCUUGAUACUGUUCCACCGGAAAACUUAUUGAGACAUGUUUGA